CCUUCAUUGUACUGUGGGUAUCGUCUGUGAGUGUGAGAGAUUGCGCAUACACACACAGACAUUGUGGAUGAAGUGAACUGCGCUAGAGGUAAAAAAAGAACCCCAUUUUAGGGAAGAAGUUUGCAUAGCACAUUGGCAACUCCCUUCCCAAGCCCGUAGUUCUACUCCGGGGUUGUGUCGGAUCGUUCAGGAAGAUCAGCCGCGUCCGUGGUUGCCUGCUUGUCACGACAUUUGAUAACUGAUUGCUUGGAAAAUUCAUUUGGAAACCGAUAUCGUGGAAAUAUCACUUGUCGGACCUUUCAGUGACUUUAUUGAUUGCUCAGUGCUGUGACGUGGAGAUUGUGCUCGUAGAAAACGGUGAUCCUCUGGUUAAAUGAAUGAAGACAAACCAUCGUGAGAUAUGAACAAGAUGGCCAGCAAAUUUAAAUUGUCAUAGGAAACCAACCAAGCGAGUUCGUCAACUUCAGUGAAUCAUAACAAUGAAUUGACUGUUCUCACAUCGAGCUGACUUGCAAGAAGGAUCUGGAUCAACCACCGCUCAUUCUUGUGCUUGUUGGCGGUGGUGGACUCGAAAAAUUGGUCCUUGACUCAUUUCCCUUGUUUUCUAUUGAAACUUCGAGCCCAAAUAGGUCGUCGAGACCAGGAUCCUCAUCCCAUCUUCAGCUAUUUUCACACCACCAUGAGGCUGAGCCGUGGUUUGUCAAUGGCCCUACUUGGGGUUAUGGUCCUGUCUGUGGCAACUUCCAUUGAAAUCCCGUGUCCGGAGUUUCACCCCCGCUUAAACUAUCCGUGUCAGUGUGGGUUAAACGAUAUCAAUGCCACCAGGAUCAAUUGUGACGGAUCGGUGUUUGUGGAGUUUCCCCUGUUGCCUUAUCGCUUUUACAUCCAAGAGUUCUCCCAACGUCACGCCGGGAUACAAACCCUGGGUGCUCAGUUGUUCACGGCCAGUGACCUUCCUCUGGUGCGGGUAGAUUUCUCCUACAAUCAGAUCCGACGACUCACUGAACGCCUCUUCGAUGGCGUGGAAGAUACCAUUGAGGUGAUCCAAUUGGGUCACAAUCUCUUGGGCGACAACUUGAAUCCUGUGUUCAGCUCGGGCGAGUUUCAAAACUUGGAGUUCCUCAGGGUGCUCGAUUUGAGUUACAAUCAACUCACGGAAAUAGAAGAAGGACUCCUCGAGGGUUGCACUAAUUUGAAGGAUUUGCGAUUGGAUGGUAACUUCUUGAAGACCGUCCCGACGAAUGUUCUCCUCGGUCCGGACUCUUUGCAGAAUCUUCAGCUCCAAGAUAACCAAAUUGAAAUCCUCACACCAACGGUAUUCCGGACUCAACCCAAGUUAUUAUCGGUGAACUUGACGAACAACGUGAUUAGCGAUGUUCAGAGUGGAACGUUCGCCAAUAUGACUCGAUUAGUCAGGCUCAUCUUAACCCGAAAUCGAAUCAAAACUCUUAAAGAAGGAUCACUGGGAGAAUUAACCAACCUGGUUGAGCUCGAUCUCUCAUUCAACUUACUCGACCAAAUUCCAGUGCAAGGACUAAAAAACCUUGAGAGCCUCAAAUUCCUCAACCUCGCUUCCAAUCAAAUCCGGAGUAUCAAAGAAGCAGACAUGCAAUUCCUAUCAUCGCUGGAGUAUUUGGACUUGAGCCGCAAUCUCAUUGGCGAAAUCAUGCCAGGCACAUUUUUGGGUAUGGAUCGAUUGAAGGGACUUGACUUCAGCAUUAACGUUGUGUGAAAGAUUGAAGACGAUGCGUUCGAAGGCCUAGACACUCUCGAGUAUCUGGACAUGAGCGAUAAUAAGAUCCUGGCUCUACCGGCAGCUGCUUUGGCUCGAUUGACCAAUUUGAAGCGACUAAAAGUCGACUACAACCGAAUUGGUGCCAUCACGGAAGAAUUGCUGUCCUCAAUCCCAAUGCUGGAGGAGCUAUCACUAGCAUACAAUAUCAUUCAUGACAUCCCGAUUGGAACUUUUGCCUCUUUGGAUAACUUGAAGAUCUUGAACCUUUUUGGGAACAAGUUGUCUGUUUUGGCCCCUGAGACAUUUGAAGGCAUCGAAAAUACUUUGGAGUACUUGGAUGCGGGUUUCAACGUCAUCGAAGAGGUUGGCGAAAUUAGCUUUCCGUUCUUGAAAUACCUGAAUCUAGAGCAGAACCGAUUAGUCAACAUUGACGGUGCGUUUAAUCUGCUUGGAUCACUACAAGUUCUGGAAAUCCAAGGCAACAUGAUCGAAGACCUCAGCAUAGCCACAUUUAUGGGCAUGGAUAAUUUGAUCAGCUUGGAUGUGAGUCGGAAUAAGAUUAAAAUGCUCAAGUCUAACGUGUUCGAGAACACAUACUUGAACGAAGUCAAUCUCAGCCGGAAUGCUCUCAAGGAACUAACCAAAGACACCUUCCGUGACUUGUCCAUUUUGGAGGUCCUUGAUUUGAGUCACAACAAGUUGAUUGGCAUCAACAAUGGUGCCUUUGAUAACAUCCCCCGGCUAAAGAAGCUUUACCUCAACGACAACAAGCUCAGCUCCUACAAAGGGGAUUUCUUCCAAAACAUGGGCAACGACACCGAUCUGCACACUCUGGACCUAAGUGGCAACGCCCUCACCUAUCUCUAUCCGGAGUCAUUUGUGUAUCACCCGCAACUGAAAGUGGUCAGCUUCAGUCGGAAUCAAUUCAGCUUCUUUCCCACCCAGUUUAUUAAGGGGUUGAUCUACUUGGAAGAGUUGGCUUUGGAUGCGAAUAUCAUCAAGACGGUCGAUGACGAGGACUUUGCCAACUUGCCCAAAUUGAAGACCCUAGACUUGAGCCAUAACGAGAUCGAGAGCGUGAGUGAGACGGCGUUCCAGAACUCAAGCCAACUUCAAUACAUCCACAUGAGUCAUAACAAGAUCAAUGAGCUCAAGAGUGACACGUUCUUAGGCACGAUCAGGCUCAACUUGGAUCUUUCGCACAACAAUCUAUCAUUCAUGUCCAAGGGGAUUUUCGAUCGUCCAAAGGUGAUGAUGCUCCAGAGUCUGGAUUUGUCUAGCAAUGCGUUCGAGAAAGUGCCUGUGGAUGUGUUGCAAAGCCAGUACUUCUUCUUGGACACUCUCAAAAUCUCGCAUAAUCAGAUAAGCGACAUUCCCUCGGAUGCCAACGUGUUGGUGAAUAUCAAAGAAAUCGAUCUUUCAUUCAAUCCAUUGACUGAAGAGUCCAUUAACAACGUGCUGAAUGAACCCAAGACUGUGCGAGAAUUGAACAUGGCUGGCACUGGAAUCCUCACCGUUCCAGUUUUGGAAACUCCAUUCUUGACCCAUUUGAACUUGUCGCACAACAAGAUUUCAGUGUUAAACGAGGAGAUCCUAGGGAAACCCUCUUUGGAGUCAUUGGACGUAUCCAACAAUGAGAUUCCAAAUCUGAGUUUUGGUCUGACCUCGGCUUGGCCGCAACAAAAGGACCUGAAGUACUUGGACGUCUCUGCCAACCCAAUCACCUACAUCAUCAAAGGAGACUUUAACUACCUCGAUAGCUUGACUGUUCUGAAGAUGAAUAAUCUGGUAAAAUGUACCAAAGUGGAACGUGGAGCCUUCGCUAAUAUUCGAGCCCUCCGCCAAUUGGAAAUGAAUGGACUUCCCAAAGUUUUAUUCAUGGACAUCAAAGGUAUUCUCCAGAACUUUGAUACACUCGAAACUGUGAAGGUGGAAUUGAAAGAGCCUUUGGUUGGAGAUCACUUAUCCCCGGCUUACACUCCUCGCCUCAAGAAUUUGGGGAUCAGUGGGUCCAAGGUCAAGAAUAUCGCCAUUGGUGCCCUCGCCGGUCUUCGAAGCCAAAAGAUAGCAAUUGAAAUUCACGAUACUCAAAUCAAUAACAUUCCAACUGCCUUAUUCUUUCCGGUUCCAAUGUCAGCCAGAAUUGAUUUAGACGUGAAGGACAGUAAAUUAUCGAGUCUGGGCCCACAGCUCUUGAACACUCUGGACAGCAAACAGCGCCAUAUCCGAUUGUCAGGGCUUUCGUCCAAUCCGGUGUUCUGCGAUUGCAAUGCACGUGCUCUUCAUAGGUGGCUUCAAGACAAGAUUGGAAGUGGGGAGGUCUAUGGAGACUUGGGAGAUGUUCGUUGUGCAGCUCCUGAUCCUUUGGCUGGAAAACUUUUGGCCGAACUUCCGACAGAAGAACUGACCUGCGAAGGACGAACUACCACGACCACCACGGAACUCGAGUUUCUGACUGAGCGCGUGACCACCACUCCGGAACCUGAUAUCAUUACGGGUGCUGAUGACGAGCCUCCAUCGACCACCAAGGCGCCAAUCAGAACCAGGCCGACCCGUGAGCCGUUACCCAAAACAGCUUCCCCGUACAACAUGGAUGCCCUCAUCAUUGGAAUCGUAGGCGGUGUGGUGGCAUUCAUUGCCAUCAUAAUCAUCAUCAUUUGCAUUGUGAGGUUACGUCUAACUGAUAGUCAAUAUCGAGGCGGUCCCCUGGCUGGACCGUUGGCUCUCCGGGCUCAAGGAAAGUGCACAUGUCUCAAACCCGUACCUCCAACCAUCUACGGAGCCCCAUCUACCAUUGGAACGAACGGUUAUCUCUCAUAUCCAUCUACCCCCGUCCCACCUCAUCACGGUACUUUGGCACUGACCUGGAACGGCACUGGGCCCGGCAAUAGCGGCACCAUCAACUCCCAAAAGAUGCUUCCCCCUCCCGCUCCUUCUCUUCAUGGCAGCAACUUUGGCACAGUGGGGGCGCACAGCUACCUGAGCGCUGGCACUAUUGUGUCUCGAGGAUCUCAGCAUGGAGCAACCCUGGCCUCAUUCCCAGGCACUUAUCAACCAGGGUACCCAACCACGCCUUAUUAUGUGACCUUCCCAGCCGAAGAUUCAGAUGGUGAACAUAACGGGAGAGAAAGCGGACGUCGAUGAGAUCUAUGGUGCCUUCAUCCUCGAUGAACUCCGAUCUAGUCGUUCAGCUCGCAUUAUUUUUCUCCCGUUCCUAAAUAGCCACCUUGAAUACUAGUUCAGUGCUCAAGACAAAAGUUGUACCGGAUAUGACAUGAAAGUUUACUUCUAGUCAACAUUUCUCUUGGGACUUCUCCUCAAUGUCUGUACUAAAAAGAAACUUGCUUUGCCAAAUUCAUCCAGAAGAGAAACCGUUCGGUGCCAGCAUCAAAAAAGGAAACAAAAGCAAUCAUCUUACAACUGGGGAACACAGGAAACCCAAGGGUCCACACCUUCAACACUGAUUCUGUAUGGAUGUGGCCGUUGGGGGUUGGAUGCCGGGAUAAUGUAUAGACAUGAAUGCAAUCAAAGAAUUUCAACUUAGAAUACCUUUGUAGUUUCACGUAUUUCUAAAGUGUGUUGCUACCCUGCUGAGGGUCAACAAAGUGCGCAUGAAUUCUAGAGAGAUGAAUGAAUUUAGUCAAAUAAAGUAAUAUCGACAAACUCA